UCAAUAUCGCUUAUUUAGUUUGGAAUUCGGGUUUCGAUUCUCUCUUAAUUCAUUCCUUUCUUUUCUUUUUCCUUCGUCUGUUCUAAAACAGCGACCAGAGAGAGAGGGAUAGACCUAGACCCCCACUUCGAGACUGCGAGAGCGGGGCGGAGAGAAUCGACAGACGGCGGAGAGAGUGGGAGAGAGAUCGCUCCGGCUACUGAUGGAGUUAAUCCAAGUUGCUUCUCACUCGCUUCUUCGAAAAUGAAAGCACCGGCUGCCUCUCAUUAGCGACUGUAACCUGUUUGAUCAAAAGCCUUAGAAGAAAUUUUGAGAGUUCUUGAUUUAAGAAGGUGAGGGAAAUGGCUGGAUCGGAUGAGAACAACCCGGAUGUGACCGGACGAGCAAAUCUCCAUGGGAGUUUACGAGUUGAUGGCGGUGGCAAAUUUGUAGUGGGGGCGGGUCAAAACCGCAGAGCUUUGAGCAACAUUAAUGGCAAUGUUAGAGCUGCUCCUCCUCCCCUUCAUCCCUGUGCAGUCCUCAAAAGAGGCUUAACAGAAACUGAUGCUGUUCUCAACUGUAAAGUUCCUCCCAUUCCGAUCCAUCGACCGAUUACUCGGAAGUUUGCAGCUCAGCUGGCCGACAAGCAGCAGCAACCUCUGCCUGAGGUUGAUAGAAAGCCAUUACAAUCUGCUCCAACUCGAAAAGACUCAAUAGAUCAUCACCCCAUCACAGAGGAAGAUGAUUCUAUGGACGAAUCGGCAGUACCGAUGUUCGUUCAACAUACAAAAGCAAUGUUGGAUGAAAUUGACAAAAUGGAAGAGGUGGAAAUGGAAGAUAUAGAAGAAGAGCCAGUCAUGGACAUAGACAGCUGCGAUAAGAAGAACCAGCUAGCUGUUGUGGAAUACAUUGAUGACUUGUAUGCUUGCUACAGGAGAGCCGAGGUUUCUGGCUGUGUCCCACCAAACUACAUGGCUCACCAAGCAGAUAUUAACGAGAGGAUGAGAGGGAUUCUCAUUGACUGGCUAAUUGAGGUGCACUACAAGUUUGAGCUGAUGGAGGAGACAUUGUACCUCACAGUCAACCUGAUCGAUAGAUUCUUGGCGGUUCAGUCGGUGGUGAGGAAGAAGCUCCAGCUUGUUGGAGUGACGGCGAUGCUUAUUGCCUGCAAGUACGAGGAGGUUUCUGUUCCUAUUGUGGAUGAUCUUAUUCUCAUAUCUGACAAGGCCUACAGCCGAAAAGAAAUUCUGGACAUGGAAAAGUUGAUGGUAAACACCUUACAGUUCAAUCUGUCUGUUCCAACACUUUAUGUGUUCAUGAGAAGGUUUCUCAAAGCUGCCCAAUCUGAUAGAGAGCUGGAGCUGCUGUCAUUCUUCAUGGUGGAGCUCUGUCUUGUGGAAUAUGAAAUGCUCAAGUAUAAACCUUCAUUAAUGGCUGCUGCUGCGGUCUUCACUGCUCAAUGCACCAUCAAUGGCUUCAAGGAAUGGAGCAAAACCAGUGAGUGGCACACUGGGUAUUCUCAGGAGCAGCUUAUGGAAUGUUCACGUUUGAUGGUGGAGUUUCAUGAGAAAGCAGGGACAGGAAAAUUGACAGGAGUUCACAGGAAGUAUAGCACAUCCAAGUUUGGAUAUGCUGCAAGAAGUGAACCAGCUAGCUUUCUGUUGGAAGAAGAAAGGCCAUAGCUUUCUGGAGGAUCUUUGUUGGGGGGAAAAUGUGACGUUGUGUUGUGUUGUUGUGUGUAGAAAGAAAGAGCAACAAAAGUUGCCCCUGCCUUCUUUUUCUUCUGAAUCUCUUUCUAAUUUGAACGAAAGAAUCCAACUUUUUUCUUUUUUCUUUUUUCUUUUCUUUUUAAAUUAAGCUGGAAUUGUGGAUGAUUCA